UCGAAUUCUUUUAUAAAAUUCCCCUUAUUUUUUAUACUAAAAAAGGGUAAAAAAUUAAAACUUAUUAUUAACUAUAAAAAACUAAACAAAAUUACGAAAAAAAAUUACUAUCCCUUAUUAUUUAUUACUAAGCUUAGAGAUCUAUUUUAUAAAGUUAAUUAG